AUGGACCUGGUGGAGAGUCCAGUGGGCUAUCCAAAGAGGCUGGCUGAUGUCCUGGUUAAGAAAAAGAAAGGAAACCCAGAGAGAACAUAUGAUGUCUGUGAAGUACGUCCAGGACCCAAUCUGAACAUGAUUGUAGGUGCUAAUGGAACAGGAAAGUCAAGCAUUGUUUGUGCCAUCUGCCUGGGACUGGCUGGAAAACCUUCUUUCAUAGGGCGAGCUGAUAAGGUUGGCCUCUUUGUAAAGCAGGGCUGCUUGAAAGGUGUAGUAGAAAUUGAACUGUCUAAGACACCUGACAAUAUCAUUAUCACACGUGAGAUUCAAGUGGUGAACAACACAUCAGCAUGGUUUAUCAACAGAAAGCCAGCAACCCUGAAAACAGUAGAAGAGCAGAUUGCAGCCUUAAACAUCCAGGUGGACAAUUUGUGCCAGUUUCUUCCUCAGGACAGAGUUGGAGAAUUUGCAAAACUGAGUAAGAUUGAGUUGCUUGAAGCCACUGAAAAAUCCAUUGGUCCUCCAGAAAUGUACCGAUUUCACUGUGAACUGAAAAACUUCAGAGAAAAGGAGAGAGAACUGGAGAACUUGUGCAGAGACAAAACUAACUCUUUGGAGAAAAUGAGACAGAGGAUUGAACGAUACAAACAAGAUGUUGAGAGAUACCAUGAGCGCAAGCGCCAUCUAGACUUAAUUGAGAUGCUUGAGAGGAAAAGGCCCUGGGUGGAAUAUGAAAAUGUUCGUCGGCAGCAUGAGGAUGUGAAACAAAGCCGAGACCAAGCCAAGGAGGAACUGAAGAAUCUGAAAGAAAUGCAGUCCCCAGUGACAAAAAAAAUACAAGAAACUGAAGAACGUUUUAAGAUUCUGGAUAUGAAAAUGAGAGAUAAGGCUGCUGAAAUCAAACACAUUUCUCAAAAAUGUAAACAGAAGCAAGAUGCCUUGGAGAUGAAAGAUAAACAAAUUGAAGAAAUUCAUAAAGCUUUGAGAAUGAAAAAAGAUGAAGAAAUAGACAGACAGAGGAAAAUACACAACACUCACAAGAUGAUAGAGGACUGGAAGAAUGAGCUCAAUACAAUGGCAGACUGUGAGAAUCUUCAGCCACAAACUGAUGCUGUUAAUAAUGAGCUGAAAAAACUGCAAGAAGAAAGGGCAAAUAUUGAUAGUGAUAUCAGUGAUCUAACAGCAGAGAAAAUGAACCAAGAGAGGGAAAAGAAAAGAAUAAUUGAUCGCCUUGGACAGCUUAAUAAUAUAAUGAAUAUGAAAGAAGAGAACCUUAAAGGGAGAUUCCGAGACACGCACUCUGCUCUUAUGUGGCUAAGAAGGAACAAAGAAAAGUUUAAAAAAAAAGUUUGUGAACCCAUGAUGCUUGAAAUCAAUAUGAAAGACAAUAGACAUGCUAAAUAUGUUGAAAGUCACAUUUCGGCCAAUGACAUGAGGGCAUUUGUUUUUGAGAGUCAAGAAGAUAUGGAAAUGUUUCUUGUGGAGAUGCGUGAUCAUCAGAAAUUAAGAGUGAAUGCUGUAUGCGCGCCUGCUCAAUCAUGUGCUGAAAGCUUACCUUCGAGACCUAUUGGAGAAUUACGCCGAUAUGGAUUUUUCUCGUAUUUACGAGAGUUAUUCGAUGCUCCUCACCCUGUGAUGAGUUAUCUUUGCUCCCAGUACCAUGUUCAUGAUGUCCCUGUGGGAACAGAGAAGACCAGAAACAUGAUUGAAAGGGUCAUACAAGAAACCAAAUUUCGGCAAAUAUACACAGCAGAAGAAAAAUACAUUGUUAAAGUAUCUGCUUAUACAAACCUAACCCUCUCUACUAAUACAUCCCUGAGGGCAGCACAGUUUCUCAGUAGUUCAGUGGAUACAGAUGAAAGAAGACAGUUGGAAAACCAGCAACAGGACAUCAAUAACUCCAUUAAGUCCUUGGAUAUGCGUUUGACUACAUUGUUUGAGAGACAGAAACAUCUGGAACGCAGAGACAAUGAGCUCAGGCAACAGAAGAAGGAGCUUUUAGAGAGAGGAAACAGGAGGAAACAGUUGGAAUCAAAAAUUGGUGUGAAGUAUGAUAGUUUAAAACAGCUGGAACAAGAUGCUAUCAACCUAGAGAAGGAAUCUGAACAAGCAAAUGUAAAAAUCAAAGAAAUAAAUACCCAAAAAGCAAGACUUGUCACUGAAUUAAUGGAUCUCAUAAAGAUGUGUGUAUCACUGAACGUCACCAAAGCAGAUUUGGCUCUUGAGAGCACUACUGUGGCUGCUGAGAAGAACAGACUAGAAUCAGAGUAUAAAGCAGCAAGUGUACAGCUAGGAGCUGCGGAGCAACGAUUUCGUGAACUGGAUGAUAUGAAGCGAGUUCUUACAGAGAACUGCAAGGAAUUGCUGAAAAAAGCUCGACAGGUCUGCAAACUGAGUCCAGAUCAACAUCUUCCAAAAGAAUUUCAAACUGUAUGUACAAAAACAAAUCUCCACAUACCUCUUCAAUUUUGGAUGUUGUACACCAUACUGACUUCUCCACAUUGCUGUGUAACACAUGCAUCCUUUGAAGAGAAAACCAGGGCCUCCUGUUUCACAGGGUUGAAUGCUUCGGUUGUUGAAGAAUACAAUAAGCAGACACAAGAAAUACAGCAGUUGACGGAAUAUCUAGAGGAAAAGAAAAAUGAAUUGGAUAACUAUAGGCAAAACAUUUCAGAGGUCAAAGAAAGGUGGCUAAACCCCUUGAAAAAGCUGAUUGAGCAAAUUAAUGCAAAGUUCAGUAACUUCUUUAGUUCUAUGCAGUGUGUUGGUGAAGUUGAUCUUCAUGUGGAAAAUGAGGAGGAAUACGACAAGUAUGGGAUUCGCAUCAGAGUCAAAUUCCACAGUAGCACUGAACUUCAUGAAUUGACUCCAUAUCAUCAGAGUGGAGGUGAGAAAAGUGUUUCCACUAUGUUGUACCUGAUGGCUCUACAGGAACUCAACAGAUGUCCUUUCAGGGUUGUAGAUGAAAUAAAUCAGGGAAUGGAUCCAAUGAAUGAGAGAAGAGUUUUUGAAAUGGUUGUGAAAACUGCUUGUAAAGAAAGCACAUCUCAGUACUUCUUUAUUACACCAAAGCUCCUGCAGAAUCUCACUUACAAUGAUAAGAUGACGGUGUUGUUUGUCUACAAUGGACCUUUUAUGUUGGAGGCAAACAAAUGGAACUUAAAGUCUUUCUGUAGGCGGCGGCGACGACUUGGAAAGAUGGAUGAACAGUGAUACCUAUA